AUGUGGAAGGUGAUUCGGUUGGCUAAUCCAUGCUUACUUACAACAACAGGGCUAAGAAGGCGCUUCCAGUCGGAGGUACGAAACCAGACGCCAGAUCGAAGACCGAUGAGUUCGCCUCCACUGAGACCAACAAGCACAGCCGAUGGAUGCGUAUUUUUCGUCUCUCUCUAUGACUACGAUCCGGCCACAAUGUCACCGAAUCCUGGGGCUGUCGAUGAUGAGCUGCCCUUCAGAGAAGGGGAUAUUAUCAAGGUGUACGGAGACUGUGACGAGGACGGCUUCUACUUUGGUGAGUGUAAUGGACGCAAGGGGUUUGUGCCGUCAAAUAUGGUGUGCGAGGCGAGUGCCGACGAGGUAACUGAGUUCCUGCGGCGCUGCAUUACCACCUCCACCGGCAUGCCCCCUGGCCAAAUGACCAAGUCACAUCGUAUAGUUGCGCAGCGCUCUGGACCAUCCGAACAGUCCACUGGUCAUGUGAGUUUGUACUCCGUAAAGCCUCCUCCUGAAAAUUUCGGGUACUACCACUAUCCUCAACAUGGUGAAAGGGCAGGUCGUGACCGAAAAGUACGGGGGGAGGGCCGACGGACGCGACUACAGAGGAGCGCCUGUGCCGAGGAAAAGCAGGUCACUGUAGGGGGAGUGGAGGCAACCAGUCGAAAACGCGGCGAGAGUCAGAAACCGCAGCAUUGUGUCAUGGAGGCUCUCUACGACUAUGAUCCACACAUCUACAGCCCAAAUGUUGAUGUGGAGACUGAACUGAAGUUCCGCGCUGGAGACCGAAUUCUCAUCCUCAGUGAGAUGGAUGAGGACGGGUUCUAUGUGGGACAGUUGGAAUCGUCAGGUCGACGUGGUCUGGUGCCUUCCAACUUUCUACGCCAACUGCCACGUGUCAGCGCUGAGGACAACGCCAGUCCUGUCAACAGCGGUGCCAGUGAUGGAGGCGACGUCUACGACUCAAGAUCCAAAAUGGUUUAUGGAGUGCCUGGUAGUGGCCCUACGCAUGGAUCGAAAUCGUCCCGCUCUAGGGGCGCCAGUGGAAGUCGACCGACUCUACGCUCCGAUGAUGCUGAUCUUGGUCCUGUCUCUAGACGACGUAGGUCCUCUGGCAGAAAGGGCGAGGUGAAUGAGACGAUAUACUCUUAUUGCUGA